AUGGAUGGAGACUCGGAAUCGUCUGCCUCCCCCUCCCCCAUCGAACCCCACUCCCGUCGCUCCAGCAGCGAAAUCCCUCGCAAGCGCCGCUCAAAAGAUGGACCCAGCAUACUUGGCGGGUCCAUGCGCGACGUCGCCCGCGUCCUAGUGUCGCGCGAGCGCGAGACCAUGGACCUCAAGCGCACGCUCUACACCAUCACCGAGCAGCUCAAGGCCGAGCGACAGCGCGCGGACGCCGCGGAGCACAAGACGCGCGAG